AUGAGAGAGAAUGUUGCCCAAGCAAGCGUUCUCGGUACCAAUGUCCCGGAAGGCACGCCUUCCUCGCGCAGCUGCGCCCUUGUCUACACCGGGGACGAGUCCCUGGCGGUGGUUCACGCGAUGUCGUUGCUAGGUACGGUGCUCAACUGUCUGGAGGAGCUACGCGACAAAUAUGGACUGCUGAUAUGCAAGCGAACUAGCUGGGACGCAGCGGUUGCGCUUCUUGGCCGCAGUCUUUCCGACAAUUUCGACAGCUGCGUCGCUCCUUGCAACGCACUGCAUGAGUUGUACGAAUCGAGUUGCGAUCCGCAAUCGUCGUUGGCAAGGUUGCUUGGCCACGCAUUUAGAGUCGAUUCAUCGGAUUUAAAAGCCGCAGAGCAAGACGGAGAUUGGGAUUUUCUCAAUGACGUGAUCGACGGUCAGCUGUGCUCCCAGUUGUCCAACGCAACCAUGCGCUCUUGCAAUACCCAGCAAAAUUCGGAAUCUACACAGGCCAGCAGCGAUACGAACAAACAAACCUCCACGGGUUUAGCGGGCGAUGACACGGUAUACCGCUCCAUGCAGAGAAUCCUCGCGAUGGAGCGCAACCGUGAAAAAUGCCUGGAAAGGCUCCUCGUCCGUUUUGUCGACGAAAUACCAUUGGAAUCUACCUCAGGGAAGAGAUCGAGUGCGUUUAACCCAUUUGUUGAACCCGGGCUAGAAAUGAAGUGGAACUAUAUUCAGGCAGCGAAUGAGCUAUGUAACCAUCCGCCUGACAUCGGCGUCACGAUUGUAGCGGGACUAUCCCAUAUGAACUUGAUCCGCCAUAAUGCGGCGGCAAAUGCAGAAGAAGCGCACAACAGCGAUGACGGAGAGCAGGGAGAAUCAAGCAAGGCAGCAGAGAUCAAAAGUCAUCCCACCAUGCACCCAUUUGACGCGCCAGACCAAUUCAGCUGGGAUGAUAAGGCAAAAUGUCAAAGCCUUCGUCUCAAAACCUUGAAAUCGUACACCUUUUGUUUAUCUCUCACGCUUAAUGCGCUUCACGUGAACUUGACCAGGCUAUCGACACCGAAUGACUGGUUACCAAGAUUGUUUUUCAUCGAGCCGUUGCCGAUUAAAAAUGUGGAUCGGCGGCACUUUGUUGGAUUCCUCAGAAGCAGGUUUCAAUUCCUAUACAAACUAGAAUAA